GACCAAUCCGUUAGAGCUCUCUACCCAGUUACCCACACGAAGGAAUAAUAGGCUAGGCCGCCGACCGCCGCCAUCGAGUCCCACUCGCACGCCGCCUUCAUCCCCCUGUGCAGCAGGUCCAGCCGGACGCUCUCUCCUGAUCUUCCUCCGCCGUCUCCUCCUGUCACCCGCUUGCUUUGAAUCCCUUUCUUCUGCUCCGCCAUCGCGACGCGCCGACAUGACUGGGUCUUCUAAGAAGCAUGACCUCAAAUCUAAGCAAAAAUUGGAAAAGAAGAUUAGUUUUUACACAAAAGUAAAAGAUGCAGUUACUUCCUUAAAUGCUAAGAAGACUGUCAGUAAGAAAAAUAAACAGAGUCGGCGCCAGAAGAAGCUUAAAGCAUACGAUCUGUCGGCACUUUCUGAGUUCCUCCCAGAACCAGCUGCACCAGAGCAGAAGACUGAAGCAAAGCUGAACUGCAAGUCAAGACAGACAUUAGUGGUGCAGGAGUCUGCUCAUCUUAAGGCUGUACUGGACAACCCGCAGUUCCAGCUUGACCCAUUCGCUGCGAUCCAUCAGCACCUGCUGGCAACGCAGCCGCCUGCAGCUGCAAAGAAGGACGACGCAGCGGGGAAGCAGGGGAAGGUUUCCAAGGACAAGAAAAGCAGGAGGAAGAAGGGCACAUCGUCAAUCUCUCAGGCAAUGGAUAUCUGAUUGUGUUCCUUCAGUACUAGUAACUUGGUCCGAUGUCGACUGCCCGUGUUCCACUAGAGGGAGCUCAUCGAAGUUCGAUAUCGAUGGUUGGCAUAGUUUGAGUACCAGUAGAGGUAGUACUGUACCAGCCCUCGCUUUUGGCAGCCUGUCGAUUGAUGUUUGCAGAAUCGGUGCCAUCAACAUUUGGUGCUACUUUGGAAACUGGGGAUUUGAGGAGAGGAUUGAGGGAGAAAAUGAACUUGAGGGGAUUGAGAGGGUCAAUCCUAUAUUCCUAUAUGAGGUGGCAAUUUCCAAGCACAACAAUUCAUUUGUUAUUAUACCUGCCGACUGUUUCUGAA